CUAAAUGAAUCUAAAUAAUUUACAAUUUCAAUUUUUUUUCAUUGCAGUCAAUUUUCAAAAACGUCAAAUCUUUCUAUGUCUAGUUUGCUCUUAUGCAUUUCAUUUGUUUGAUAAAUUUAAAAUAUGGAAUAUAUUCAAAAUUAAUCGCACAUUUUUCUUCAUGACAAAAUUAUCUUCAAAGCCGAGAUGCAAAAAGCAGAUAUUUGCUUACAGGGUGUGCAGCAAAAAGCAAACACACCACACGCGCGCCUUUGCUUUGUUUGUUUGUCCUCUUUUUCAUGCACGCUUGUUAAUUAAACCCGGCGACAUUUGAUAAAUGAGUCACGCCGUUUCAAGUCGACAGCGACGCAGCAAGAGCUGAUAUGAAUAAUAAUAAUAAAAAAAACACGGUCUCUGUUUUAUCUUUUAUCAGAAUUUUGUUCCUGCAAAAUAAAACGAUUUAUAUUUUCCUUUAAUUUUUUUACUCAAAUUAAAUAAAACGUAGUUUGAAAUAAUGUUAAACCGGAUAUUAAUUUACUGUGGGGAAUUUCGCUUUUGAACGUUUGCUAGGGAACUUUGCUUAUCAUUUACGUCAGUAUAAACAGCGUCUAGAAAAAAGCCACUAUAAUUAAUCUUAUUUCACUCUACAAAUUUCCUUAAAUUUUCAUAAUGUUUAAACUAAAAUAUCCAGUUCAGAAUGGGCCAGACCUCUUCCAGGAUAUCUUCAACGCCGUCUCCAAAUUUCAGAAGACUAAACCGGAAUUCGUACACUCAACAGCAAAAUGAAACGAGUAAUUUUUACAUGGACAGACGUCCGGUUACUUUGGCACACACAGCAGAGGUCUUCAGACCAACCCAACCGCCGGCUGCUCAACCGACGAGACCAGAAGGCCGUCUGAACUACACCAACUUGCAACCGGUGGAUAUUUACGUGGAAGCAAUUUACUCCCUGCAAAAUAGGGAAUUCCCUGAAUUAUCCUUCAAAGCUGGAAAUUAUUUCAAAAUAAAAGACGUACAAAGUUUUCAUUCAAAUGUGAAUUGGGUCGAGGCGGUAAAUUUGUUCACUGGAGAGGAAGGACAGAUUCCGAAAAACUACGUCAAAGUUGUUCGUCAAAUAGAAACUGAGCCGUGGUACUUCGGAACGCUGAGUCGGGAGGCGGCGACGGAAUUGCUCAUGUCCAACCUUUGCUCUCUGGGCAGUUUCCUGGUCAGGGUGAGCGAGCGGGACUCGAGUUGCCUGGCCCUGUCUUUGAGGGACUACGGACAAAACGGGGUGCAGAAGGUCAAGCACUUCAAGAUCAAGGUCAACCACGAGGGACGGUUUUUCAUCUCGGUUUACAAUUCCUUCGCGACGGUCAAAGCGCUCAUCGAGCACCACCAACGCGAAAGGUUUCCAGGUGAACUGAUAACUCUACCGUGCAAGUUGAUGAAACCUUGUCCCAAAUUGAGCAAACCCGAGCCGGAAAACGUGGCAGAAGUGCCCUUUCGAACCGAGUACGCGCGAGUCAACAAAACCACGUCGCAAAAUCUACCUUCGGCGCCUUCUGCAAUAUCCGAAGUGGACAAUUUUGAUUUCAGUCUCUUCUCCACCCUGCCUUCCAAUUUCAGUCUUCACGCCUUGACAGACCCUCAUUUAAGUGGCCACUCGGAAGACGAUUUUAAAGAUUGUUUCUUAAAUUUGCCUCGGACGCCGGAAAUCCCUCCAAAACCUGUCGAAAGGCAACACGUAGAAUUUACUGAUGUAGCCCCAGUGCCAAGAACGAGAUUCAAUCUCGAAGUUAGUGAUGAUUUGGAACGAUUCCUAGGAAAUGGAUUGCCUGAAUUAAUUCUGCCGAAUAUGGAAAAUGAGCAGGGCAGCGAGGCCAGUGAUAAGUUUGUCAAGCUGGAUGAGAAAUUAGGAGACGGAUAUUUUGGAGACGUUUGGAAAGGAUUGUGGAAAGGAAAGGAAGUGACUCUUAUGAUUAUGCACUCAAAUAAUAAUUAAAAAACAAACAAUGAAAUGCAAACGCUCUUUCAAAUCAUUAAAUAUUUUAUAAAUUAAUAAAAUUACGCAAAAAAAAUUGAUAUUGCUCUAGCAAUUUUCCAUCUCUGUGAUCUGUAUAUUGUAUUUCAGUAAUGCAAACAACCCUGUAAUUCAUGUUGAAUGACCAGAAUUUGUAAAUCUAUAUUAAGUGUGAACAAGUUACAAUAAACAUCACUUGUAAUUAAUUGAAGGAAAUAUUAA